GCCGUGCAGGCCGCCCUGCCCGGCCUGCAGCUCGCCUUCGCGCUGAGCUCCUUCCACUUGCAGGAGCCGCUGGCCGUGGCCCGCCAGGGCCCCCAACACCCCGAAGCCGCCGACUCGAUGGGCCACGCAGCCUCGCGGCCUCUGAGCUCCACACUCGCCUCGGAGAGGCCGCAGCCCAAGAGAAGGAAGAAGAGCGGCACGCAGCGCCAGUCCGCCUUCCAGCCGGUGCAGGGCAGACACGGAGAGAUCCGCGCCUUCGUGCCCAGGCAGGGGCCGCUCAACCUGCCCCCGCCGGACCUGCCCCCGCCGGACCCGCAGCCGCCGUCCAACUUCAUGUUCUGCCCGGAUGCUGCCCAGGAUUCUGCACCAGCUACGCCAGGCCAGAGCAAGGCCACCUCCCGGCCACUAACGCUGCUGCAGCCACCACCGCUGCUGCCUCGCUGCAAGCCGCCCCGAUGCAACUCACCCAGCUCCAGGCCGCCCAGCUGCAAGCCCACUCAGCUGCAAGCCGCCCAGAUGCAAGUCGCCCAGCUGCAAGCUGCCUCGCUGCAGCUUGCCCAUAUGCAAGCUGCCCCGCUGCAAGUCGCCCAGCUGCAAGUCGCCCAGCUGCGAAUUGCCCCGCUGCAGGCCACCCUGCUGCCCUGUUGGGUGCCUCAGGCUUUCCUGCCCUUGCCAGAGCCUAGGCUCAGGCCUGUGCCACAGGCACCCUGUUUCUCCCAGCCUGUGCAGCCUGCCAGGGCCCCCAGGCCCCCAAGAAUGAGGGUCCUGGCACCUCCGUCCUCUUCUCAGGCCCGGGGCUCCUCCUCACCACCACCACCAUAG